AUGAGGAAACACCGACAUUUGCCUUUCACAGCAAUGUUUUGCCUCCUACUCUCGGGCUUUUGCUCGGUUCAUGCCCAGCAGCAAGCAGCUGUCAAAACCGUUGCCGUGGCUGAUAUAAUAUUUCUAGUGGAUUCCUCUUGGAGCAUUGGGAAGGAACAUUUCCAACUUGUUCGAGAGUUUCUGUAUGAUGUUGUAAAAGCUUUAGAUGUGGGAGAAAAUGAUUUUCGCUUUGCCCUGGUCCAGUUCAGCGGAAACCCCCACACAGAGUUCCAGUUAAAUACCUACCCCAGUACCCGAGACGUCCUGUCCCAUAUUGCCAACAUGCCUUACAUGGGGGGAGGCACCAAGACUGGAAAAGGAUUAGAGUACCUAAUUGAGAACCAUCUCACUAAAGCUGCUGGAAGCAGAGCCAGUGAAGGCGUCCCCCAGGUUAUUAUAGUGUUAACGGACGGACGAUCCCAGGAUGAUGUGGCUCUGCCAUCAUCUGUCCUUAAAUCAGCCCGUGUAAACAUGUUUGCGGUCGGCGUGCAGGAUGCAGUGGAAGGGGAGUUAAAGGAAAUAGCGAGCGAACCCUUCGAUAUGCACCUUUUCAACCUAGAGAAUUUUACUGCUCUCCACGGCAUAGUUGGAGACUUAGUGGCGAGUGUCCAUUCAUCCAUGACUCCAGAAAAGGCUGGGGCCAAAGGACUGGUUAAAGACAUUACAGCUCAAGAGUCCGCUGACCUUAUUUUCCUUAUUGACGGAUCAAACAACAUCGGAAGUGUCAAUUUUCAAGCCAUACGUGAUUUCCUUGUAAAUUUGAUUGAAAGCCUCAGAGUUGGAGCUCAGCAAAUACACAUUGGGGUGGUGCAGUAUAGUGAUCAACCCAGAACCGAGUUCGCUUUGAACAGCUACUCCACAAAAGCGGAUGUUCUGGAUGCCGUGAAGGCACUUAGUUUCCGCGGUGGCGAGGAAGCGAACACUGGUGCAGCACUGGAGUUUGUGGUGGAGAACCUCUUCACCCAGGCGGGAGGCAGCAGGAUAGAGGAAGCAGUGCCUCAGAUUUUAGUGCUGAUAAGUGGUGGAGAGUCUAGUGAUGAUAUCCGAGAGGGCUUGUUAGCGGUGAAGCAAGCUAGUAUAUUUUCAUUUAGCAUUGGGGUCCUGAAUGCUGACAGUGCAGAGCUGCAGCAGAUUGCUACUGAUGGAAGCUUCGCAUUUACUGCCCUGGAUAUCCAUAACCUUGAUGCUCUUCGAGAAUUAAUACUGCCCAACAUUGUUGGAGUGGCCCAAAGACUCAUUUUGUUAGAGGCCCCAACCAUUGUGACUGAAGUUAUUGAAGUGAACAAGAAGGAUAUAGUCUUCCUGAUAGAUGGCUCAACUGCUUUGGGGACUGGCCCCUUUAACUCAAUUCGUGAUUUCGUUGCCAAAAUUGUCCAAAGGCUGGAGAUUGGACCUGACCUGAUCCAAGUUGCAGUGGCGCAGUAUGCAGACACUGUGAAGCCAGAGUUUCAUUUUAACACCUACCAGAGCAGAAAGGAUGUGAUGGCUAACGUGAAGAAAAUGAAGCUUAUGGGUGGUACAGCACUCAACACUGGCUCAGCACUGGACUUUGUGAGGAACAACUUCUUCACCAGUGCUGUCGGGUGCAGGAUGGAGGAAGGGGUGCUCCCCAUGCUGGUGCUCAUCACUGGUGGUAAGUCCAGGGAUGCCGUUGACCAAGCCGCGGCAGAGAUGAAAAGGAACCGGAUAGUGAUCCUUGCCAUUGGGUCGAGAAAUGCUGACCUGGCAGAACUUCAAGAAAUUGCCCAUGAGAGAGAUUUUGUGUUCAACCCAAAUGACUUCCGUGUUCAGUUCAUGCAAGCCAUUCUUCCUGAAGUGCUGUCGCCUAUCCGGACACUCUCUGGAGGACUGAUUGUCCAAGAACCACCAUCAGUUCAAGUAACCAAAAGGGAUAUCAUCUUUCUUUUGGAUGGAUCACUCAACGUCGGAAAUGCCAACUUCCCCUUUGUGCGUGACUUUGUUGCCACCCUAGUUAACUACCUUGAUGUCGGCAGUGACAAAAUUCGAGUUGGCUUAGUGCAAUUUAGUGACACUCCUAAUACCGAGUUCUUUCUAUACUCGUACCAAACCAAAUCAGACAUAAUUCAACAUAUGGGGCAGCUGAGGCCCAAGGGAGGGUCAGUGCUGAACACUGGCUCUGCACUGAACUUUGUGCUUUUGAAUCACUUCACUGAAGCUGGUGGGAGCAGAAUAAAUGAACAAGUGCCUCAGGUCCUAGUCCUGGUGACAGCAGGGAGGUCUGCUGAUCCCUUCUUGCAAGUUUCCAAUGAAUUAGCUCGGGCUGGAGUGCUGACUUUUGCCAUUGGAGUUAGGAGUGCGGAUAAGGCAGAACUCGAACAGAUUGCCUUUAAUCCAAGAAUGGUAUAUUUUAUGGAUGAUUUCAGUGCUCUGGCAGCUUUACCCCAGGAGUUAAAUAAGCCUAUAACAACAUAUGUUAGUGGAGGUGUGGAAGAGGUUCCACUCACCCCAACAGAAAGCAAGAAAGAUAUUUUAUUCCUGAUUGAUGGCUCAGCCAACCUCUUGGGUAGCUUUUCUGUCGUCCGGGACUUUGUACAAAAAGUCAUUUCUGACCUGAAUGUGGGUCCUGAUGCCACACGAGUAGCUGUAGCUCAAUUCAGUGACACCAUCCAAGUUGAAUUUGACUUUGCCGAACUCCCGUCUAAGCAAGACAUGCUUCUCAAAGUGAGAAGGAUGAAGAUAAAAACUGGGAAGCAACUGAACAUUGGAGCUGCACUAGAUGAAGCUAUAAGGAGGCUGUUUGUGAAGGAAGCUGGAAGCAGGAUUGAAGAAGGGGUUCCUCAGUUUUUGGUCCUCCUUGCUGCUGGGAGAUCAACUGAUGAUGUGGAGCAACCGUCAGAUGCUCUGAAACAAGCUGGAGUUGUGACCUUUGCUAUCAAAGCCAAAAAUGCCGACCCUGUAGAGCUGGAAAGGAUUGUUUACGCCCCACAAUUCAUUCUGAACAUCGACUCCCUCUCUGAGAUUUCAGAGAUUCAGCCAAACAUAGUCAACCUGUUGAAAACUAUCCAGCUUCAGCCAACAGUAGUUGAGAGAAGUGACAAGAAGGACGUGGUGUUUCUAAUUGAUGGCUCGGAUGGUGUCAGAAGAGGUUUCCCUUUACUGAAGACCUUUGUCCAAAGAGUUGUUGAAAGCCUGGAUAUCGGUCGUGACAAGGUCCGCGUUGCCGUUGCACAGUACAGCAAUGUCAUACAGCCAGAGUUCUUACUUGACACCCAUGAAGACAAAGCAGAUCUCAUCAGUGCCAUCCAGGAGCUGAAGGUUAUGGGAGGAUCUCCUCUGAACACUGGAGCAGCCCUCGACUAUCUCAUCAAGAAUGUGUUCACGGUGUCAAGCGGCAGCAGGAUAGCAGAGGGCGUCCCGCAGUUCCUGAUUCUGUUGACUGCUGACCGGUCCCAGGAUGAUGUGAGGAGGCCCUCGGUGGUCCUGAAGACGAGUGGCACGGUGCCCUUUGGCAUUGGGAUUGGAAAUGCUGACCUCACAGAGCUGCAGACUAUUUCCUUUCUCCCAGAUUUUGCUAUCUCUGUGCCUGACUUCAGCCAGCUGGAUACAGUGCAGCAGGUCAUCUCGAACAGAGUCAUCCGGCUGACCAAGAAAGAGAUAGAGUCACUUGCCCCUGAUCUGGUUUUUACAUCACCCAGCCCAGCGGGUGUGAAGAGGGAUGUUGUGUUCAUGGUUGACGGCUCCCGCUAUGCUGCCCAAGAGUUCUACCUUGUCCGUGAUCUCAUUGAGAGGAUAGUGAACAACUUGGAUGUGGGCUUUGACACCACCAGGAUUUCAGUGGUCCAGUUCAGCGAGCAUCCCCACGUUGAAUUCCUGCUCAAUGCCCACUCCACCAAGGAUGAGGUGCAGAGUGCUGUGAGACGGCUGCGGCCACAGGGUGGCCAGCAGGUGAAUGUGGGAGAGGCCCUUGAGUUUGUGGCAAAGACCAUCUUCACCCGACCCUCUGGGAGCCGCAUAGAGGAGGGCGUCCCUCAGUUUUUGAUCAUCCUCUCUUCCCGCAAGUCUGACGAUGACUUAGAGUACCCAUCACUCCAAGUCAAACAAGUGGGGGUGGCACCUAUGGUGGUAGCGAAGAAUGUGGAACCUGAGGAGAUGGUACAGAUUUCCCUUAGUCCUGAUUAUGUAUUCCAAGUCUCCAGCUUCCAGGAACUGCCCAGCCUUGAGCAGAAGCUGCUGACUCCUAUUGAAACCCUGACUGGGGACCAAAUCAGACGGCUGCUGGGAGAUGUGCAACCCCCCGUAGAUAUUUCUGGUGAUGAAAAGGACAUAGUCUUCCUUAUUGACAGCUCUGACAGUGUUAGGCCCGAUGGGCUAGCUCACAUUCGGGAUUUCAUCAGCAGAAUUGUUCAGCAGCUGGAAGUUGGGCCAAACAAAGUGCGAAUUGGCGUGGUGCAGUUCAGCAAUAACGUCUUCCCCGAGUUCUACCUGAAGACCCACAAGUCCAAAAAUGCCGUCCUGCAAGCCAUCCGCCGCUUGAGGCUUAGAGGGGGGUCCCCCGUGAAUGCUGGCAAAGCCCUAGAUUACGUCGUGAAGAACUACUUCAUCAAGUCUGCGGGGAGCAGGAUAGAAGAUGGAGUGCCCCAGCACCUAGUCAUCAUCCUCGGAGACCGAUCCCAGGAUGACGUGAACAGGCCUGCUAAUGUGAUCACUACAACCAGCAUUAAACCUCUGGGUGUCGGAGCCAGGAACGUGGACAGGGACCAGCUGCAGGUCAUUACCAACGAUCCUGAGCGCGUGCUUGUGGUACAGGACUUCACAGGACUCCCAACUUUAGAAAAGAAGGUGCAGAGUAUUCUUGAAGAGCUUCCAAUACCUACAACAGAAACCCCUGGAUUUUUAGGACCUGGAGGUAAAAAACAGGCUGACAUUGUGUUUUUGCUGGAUGGUUCCAUCAAUCUGGGGAGGGAUAACUUCCAAGAAGUUCUUCAGUUUGUCUACUCUGUGGUGGAUGCCAUUUAUAGGGAUGGUGAUUCUAUCCAGGUAGGACUGGCCCAGUACAACUCAGAUGUCACUGAUGAGUUUUUCCUUAAGGACUACUCCACCAAACCUCAGAUUUUAGAUGCCAUCAACAAAGUCAUCUACAAAGGUGGCCGAGUGGCGAACACUGGUGCAGCCAUCAAGCACAUCCAAGCAAAACACUUUGUGAAGGAGGCCGGCAGCCGAAUUGACCAGAGGGUGCCCCAGAUCGCCUUCAUCGUCACGGGUGGGAAGUCUUCAGACGACGGGCCGAGUGCCUCCUUGGAAAUCGCACAGAAAGGUGUCAAGGUAUUUGCAGUUGGAGUGAGAAACAUCGACCUGAAGGAAGUCAGCAGGCUGGCCAGCGAGAGUGCCACGAGUUUUAGAGCGUCCACAGUCCAGGAGCUAUCUGAGCUGAAUGAGCAGGUCCUGGUUACUCUGGAAGCUGCUAUGGAGGAGAAAUUGUGCCCAGGAACAACAGACGUUACAAGAGCAGAGGCAUCUCCCAAACCUCUGGGGAAGCUGAAGGAGAGCCACAGCAGCCCUGAGCUGAGCAGCAGCUCCAACAGAGAUGAAAAACUGAGCGCAGGGAAAAGCAAACCGCUGCUGGUGGUGACC